GAGGAGUUUCGAGUUUCUAGAAAUGGGGGAGCCAUUGUUUAUUAGAGGGAAUGCGUCAUCGCCUCUUCCUCCUCCUCCUCCUCCUCCUCCUCCCCGGUUCUCCUUCCCGAGCCGUCAGUCUGCGUGAGGCCGCGGAGCGAGUCGCCAUGUCCCGGUGCGGCGGUGAGGUCCAGGCCGUCCUGCGCGAGCUGUGCGCGCGCGGCGGCUUCAUGCCGCUCCCGGAGCUCUACGGGCAGCUGCGGCGCGAGCGCUGCUCCAUGUCGGAGGACGACUUCUGCUCCAUGAUCCUGCGGACGCCCUGCUUCCUGCUGGUGCGCGGCCCGCAGGAGGACGGCGCGCUGCGGGCGGAGGACUGCGCGGUGGUGGCCCGGACGUCCCUGCGGCUGUGCGCGAGCUACAUGAGCGGGGAGCCGUGCGGGGACUGCGGGCGGCUGCACCUCUGCAAGCACUUCCUCUACGGGACGUGCAGGUUCGGGAAAGGCAGAAAGCUCUGUAAGUUCUCCCACGACCUCCACUCGGAGCACAACCUGCAGCUGCUGCGGGAAGAGAACCUCCACCUGCUGCGGGAGCAACACCUGCUGCCGCUGCUGCUGCAGAGCGACCCGCAGCUGCUGCCCAAGGUGUGUCUCCACUACAACAAGGGCUCCUGCACCUUCAGCAGCAGCUGCACCAAGGUGCACCUGUGCAUGCACUUCCUGCAGGGCCGCUGCAUGUUCGGCCACAAGUGCAACAAGCUGCACGACAUUGACGAGGUGAGCCGGCGCCGCCUGCAGGAGGACCGGGGCCUGAGCGGGGAGAUCGUCCGCCGGCUGCCCGCCAUCUACCGGAACAUCCAGCUCCUGAGGGCCGACGCCGUCCACGGCAGCAAGAACGUUCCGGAAUCUUGGAGCGAGUCGCGUCAAACGGAGAACAGCAGCACCAUCUGUCUGCACUUCCUGAGGAACAGCUGCCGGUUCCACAGCGACUGCCGACAGGUGCACUUCCUGCUGCCCUACAGGUGGCAGAGGUUUGACGGCGACUCCUGGGCGGAUCUGCCGGACAUGGAGGAUCUCGAGCGAGACUUCUGCGACCCGUCUCAGAGCGAGAGUGGCGGCGAUUGGCCCGUCGACUUCCAGACCAUGACUCAGAACUCCUGGCGUGUCCGCCGUCUGUCCACCGUGUCCUCCGUGAUGAAGCCGCCGCACUACACACUGACCACCGAGUGGCGCUGGUUCUACAAGGGGGAGCAUGGGACCUGGGUGGAAUAUGGAAAGAUGGACGAGAAGCAGCGCUCGACCUCGGUGUCGUCGGACACUCUGGAGAAGACCUUCCUGCUGAACAAAACCGCCACCGUGGACGUGGUGAAAGGAGGGAGGACGUACGUCAUUAGCUUCGAAGACAUGUACCAAAGGAACCUGAAACACAAGACCAAGAGGAAGAUCCGGAGGCGGCCGCGCUUCGUCUCCAGGGCCGAGGUUGAGCAGCGGUUGGCUCAGGAGAGGGUCCACAUGUUCUGACCGGAGCCAGAGAGGAUUUCUCUGGCGUCACGCUUCCUGAUGGACGCAUUCCUCUGAAGGGACCGGCGGCUGCCGCGGCGCUCAGGACGGAACCGUGACUGACGGGGUUUAGAACGGGGUUUAGACCCGUUAGCAUCGGUUCUGUUGUUCCUGCUUCUGGGAUUAACGUGAAGACUCCCCGUCCAGCAGCAACAAGCUGCGCACUCUGAACGGUCAAAAUGAAAAAUAAAAUAACACAGAAUGCUCCCGACUUUAAAUGUGUUAUAUACAAGAACAAUUUCGUGAGAAAUUACUGUUUUUUAUUCAUUUUUGCCCCCCCCAAAAAAUACUGUCCAAGAUCAAAUUUUGUGACGUUUUGGUGUGUGAAGCCAAGUAUUUCAGAAAUAAAUCUUUCAGCAUCAUGCCUUGAAUUUGUUGCCAAAAUAUAAUUUUGUAUAUUAACUUUUAUAUCUGAAAUCACACGGCUUUUAUCAUGCAGUCUAUUUCUUUUUGUAUAUUUUCAAGUGUAUGUAGCUGUGAUGUACCGUCGGUGAUAUGUUGCAUGUUUCACAAUAAAAAUACAUGAAGCCAAACU